GGGAAUACCAAAAAUGUCGCACUGUUUUGGUAUUGUCUUGAUUAAAAGGAAAUGAGAUUUUUCUAUUAACAAAUGAUUAAGAAUUUAUGUAGAGGAGAAAUUUAUAUUUAUAGGAUAAACUAAAUUUAUUUUGUAAUAAGCAAUCAUGAAUACGACAGCGCCUACUUCGGCAGAUGCCUGUCUUAGUAUCGUUCACUCGUUAAUGUGCCAUCGGCAAGGAGGUGAGAGUGAAGGAUUCUCAAAGAGAGCUAUUGAGUCUUUAGUAAAAAAAUUAAAAGAGAAACGAGAUGAACUGGAUUCAUUGAUUACUGCUAUUACCACUAAUGGAGCACAUCCAAGUAAAUGUGUAACAAUUCAAAGGACAUUAGAUGGUAGACUACAGGUUGCGGGAAGAAAAGGAUUUCCACAUGUUAUAUAUGCUAGAAUUUGGCGCUGGCCGGACCUGCACAAAAAUGAACUAAAACAUGUAAAAUUCUGUCAGUUUGCAUUUGACUUAAAGUGUGAUUCAGUGUGUGUUAAUCCAUAUCACUAUGAAAGGGUUGUGUCCCCUGGAAUUGACUUAUCUAACCUUACACUCCAAUCAGGGCCUAGUCGGCUAGUAAAAGAUGAGUAUACCGCUGGGAUUGGAGGUAAUGGUAUGGACAUGGAUACUGGAGAGCUUGUCACAAUACAACACCACGCUACCAGCCCAAGACAUCCACAUACUACUAUAGGACACCACCAUCAACAAUUUCAAACAACUAAUAUUAUAUUAAAUCAAGGACAAACGCCAGAUGGCGUACCGAAUAUGUUUUCGCCGCAUGGACAGCGCCCUCUACGACCUGGGGCGCCACAAAUGGGGCAUUCGCCUGGGCCACAAAUGAUUUCUAACCAUCCGAAUAGCCAAAUGACGCAAAUGGGUCCUGGUACUCCCCAGAUGGGUAGAACUACACCACAAAUAGGACCUGGAACGCCACAGAUGGGCCCUGGAACGCCUCAAAUGGGACCCGGCACACCACAAAUGUGUCCUGGUACGCCACAAAUGGGACCUGGUACACCUCAAAUGGGCCCUGGCACUCCCCAAAUGGGACCCGGAACACCGCAAAUGGGUCCUGGUACACCUCAGAUGGGUCCCGGUACCCCACAGAUGGGGUCGAAUGUGCCACAAAUGGCGUCGCCUAGAAUGGCGUCGGCACCCAACCAGAUGUCACCUGGCGCUCCACAAAUCACAAAUAUAAGCCAAGGGAUGUCAAUGAAUGCUCAGCAAAUGGUGAUGGGUCAGCAAAGAGCUAUAGCACCAAAACUGGAACCACCAGAUACAAUGGAUGCGCGAACUAUGUGGAGAAUGAAUCAUUCGGCUAUGCCAGUUACUAUGUCCCCGGGAGGAUCUACUCCUAUUAUAGAUGGCGCGAACAACACGUUCUUCACAACGGAACAAACAUCAGCCGACACACAACUUACGCAGUCAAUGCCAGGUAGGUUAACAGGCUCAGCGGCGGUAUCAACUGUUAGUUCAGUACCAGUUACAGCUGUAGCAUCUCCAAAUGAACCUCAACAGAAUGGCUUCACUGCGACAAGUCCGCCUCAGCAAAGCCCCUUGCCCCAUCGCACUCAGCAUCAACAAGGUACCUGGACGGGCAAUAACACUCUAACGUAUACGCAGAGCCUUGCGCCACCGCCGGCCGCACCGCCAGUUCCUGUGGACGCACCACCACACCAUCAUCAUUACUAUAAUGGCAACCCCGGCGGUCUUCUAUCUAGCCAGCCAGCGCCGGAGUACUGGUGUUCGGUCGCGUACUUUGAGUUGGACACGCAGGUCGGGGAGACAUUCAAAGUGCCCUCUAGUCGACCUAAUGUUACUGUUGAUGGCUAUGUGGAUCCCUCUGGUGGCAACAGAUUCUGCCUGGGAGCGUUAAGUAAUGUUCACAGAACUGAACAGAGUGAAAGAGCUAGGUUACACAUAGGUAAAGGCGUUCAACUCGACCUGCGUGGCGAAGGCGACGUAUGGUUACGAUGUCUUUCAGACCACUCGGUGUUUGUGCAGUCCUAUUACCUCGAUCGAGAGGCUGGUAGGGCUCCAGGGGAUGCAGUCCAUAAGAUAUAUCCCUCUGCUUGUAUUAAGGUAUUUGAUCUCCGUCAAUGUCAUCGCCAAAUGCAGACGCAAGCGGCGACUGCUCAAGCGGCCGCAGCUGCGCAGGCUGCCGCCGUCGCUGGACAUAUUGCGCCUGCGCAUCCGGGGAUGAACAAAUGUUUAUCAGCGGCCGCAGGUAUAGGAGUAGAUGAUUUGAGAAGAUUGUGCAUCGUCCGCCUGUCGUUUGUGAAGGGAUGGGGGCCUGACUACCCUCGCAGCUCUAUUAAGGAGACACCUUGCUGGGUCGAAGUACAUUUACACAGAGCGCUACAAUUGCUGGACGAGGUCCUUCACACGAUGCCUAUAGACGGACCUCGGACUAACAUCGAGUAGGAGUUGAUCGGCUUCUUUUGAGGCCUUCGAGCGACCACACACCACUCGAACGCACGGGAAAGCGGAUAGUGUGAGACUCUGUUGUUAAGUGUUGAGUAGGAAUUAAAAAAGACAAUAGUAGGAUAGGGUUUUCAUUCAGUUACGUAAUUGCCAUUGUUUUGUAUGAUAGGGGCAAAAGAGUAGGACGCCCAAAAAGGGCAGUCAUCGCAAACCAUCAUUUUAGUGGUUGCGUUGGUGGUACAUCUCCCUGGGAGACAUCCAUCGAGUGUCGAUUCCACAGUUCGCUACUCAUUAUGACAGCGCCGCUGAGAAUCUUCAAACACAUAGUCAUAUAAAGUAAUCUCGGGCUAGAACAGCACAAAUAAUAUUCGAAACGGAAAAUAGACAUUAACAAAAAUUAUCAUAUUCUUGCUCAACACUAAAUAACACAAAAGAAAAGGUGCUCUCUCACUCUAACAUUACAAAAGUUUUAAGGCCUUUUUUCGUUAGUUCAACAUCAAUAGAAGAUGAAUAUAUCUUUAAACAGACCCUGAUAUAGCUUUAUCAGCAAUUGCCACCUUAUGAAGCGUCCAAACUCCAACGUACGUUUUAUUUGUUCAAUUAUCAGUUGCUCUCUAAGUUGUAUAGGAAGUGUUAGAGCGAGACGGCACGAGUGAAGUGUUCAAUGGCCUGAGUGGGAACAUUUUGUGGUAAAGACUUAAAAUGUGCACAUGGGCGUGUAAAGGUUUGUGUAUAGUGAUUGUUUUAUUUGGUGAGUUUUGUUGCCAUUUCAAAAAAAAAACAUGUAUCUAUUUUGUCUUCCGAAUUUUUUGUUUGUCUUCCGUUGCUAAAUUGUUAAUUUCUCUUAUGGUAUGGAAUACUUUGAAUGAAUAUGACUAGGAUUGGUACCCUAUAAGGUUAAGCUUUUGUAUGUACUCUGAAUGGGGCAAAGGGGAAAUAAGUUUCUUCGUCGUUUGAUCAAUCAAUCAAUUUCAAUUGAUCAUACUUCUUCCGAAAUAAUGGUAAAUUACGGAGACCCAAUAUUGUCAUAAUAAUAGAGAGGCAGGGAAAGACCGUAGGCCUAACUAACCGAUACAGGAUUCUUUCAUUUAGUAAAAUAUUUUUUGCUUUUUUAUUGCCUAUUUUAGUCAUAUUAAUUCAAAGUUUGAAAAUGUUAAAGUUGGUUAUAAUGUUGCACAUUAAAACGCAUCGCUCGCGUUUUAUAAAAUGGGUGAACUAAAUUUAUGUCUUGUCUACUAAGACUGGUAUAAUACUGCUCUAUAUAUCUCGAAAUGUACGCGAAAAAAAUAUCUUUGAACUGUUUUUCUGCGCAUAGACAAUAGACAGUACGUCAUUGAUCACAGUAAUGUGAUUUAAGAUAUUUACUAGUAUUAAAGGGGAGUUUCAAAGACUUUUUUCUUACGUACUUUUUAAAGCGCAAACUUACCUAUGAAUAUAAUAUAUAGAAUACUGCAUUAUAAUAGUAACUAGAUCUCAAUUAAUCGACAUACAAUUGAACACUGCCAAAAAUUUAAUGGUGUUUUUGCUAUUUUAAACCAAAAUAAUUCUACAAGACAUAAUUAUGGUUCAACUUGAAAGAAGCCAAAUGGGAAUUAGUGUUAAGAUAUUAAUUUAUAGUUGUAGUAUGUAUGGAAGGUUGUGUUUUGUUAGCUGAAUGUGAUUGUUUUAUGAUAUUGCGUGAAUUGAAAUAUGUUAAGGGGUUUUAAUUAAAAUGUAGAUAUGAAGAACAUAAAUUUAUAAGAAAUAAGAAAUUCGUAUCUCAAGUGAAAAUAUCGUCGCCCUGUCAAAUAUGUCAAAUUUUAUACAGAUGAAAUGGUUUGACAGAGCUCGAGAUUUUGAUUGGCGUUCUAGAACCGGCCUAUGUUUUUUGUCUUUCGUUCUAUUUAUUUCCUGAACAAAAAUAUGGAGUUAUUUUUUAUUUAAAGUGGUUAAACAUAUUACUAUUUUAAUUCAGUUAAAAUAAUCCUUGACAAAAAAUUUUAAUUCACGCACUAUUAAUGAAUUGAAUAAAAAAACUGUGAUGCGCUAACAAAAUGAUAGGAUGUAUUUUGAACAAGAAAUAAAAUAAGGUAUAAUUGUGGUAUUUUUGUGUACGAAACGUUUUUUAAUUAUAAUAGAUGUAUCACGUGUUUUUCUCUUUAAAUAUAUGAGAUUUAUUUAGUUUGCUUUGAUUCGCUUUUAUUUUAUUAUGUGCAGAUUUUUGAUGUGUUGAACAUGAAUGUUUUAGAUUUUUUUUAUUGAUUUAUUUUACGUACCUACGGUAUACUUCAUAAAGUCUGAUACAGGUAAGACAUCACAUUAUUUAUUGGUUGCAUUUUAAUUUUGUUACCAAAAUAUUUUGUCGUACUGUAUAUAAGCUGAAAAGGCGGUUAACAAAUUAAUUGGUACUUAUAAGUGUAUAGACUUAAAGUUUGACAAUUGACAACGUAUCGGAAAUACCUCUUCACAGUGAUGAAAUCGAUUCAAAGGGUUUUAGGUGUUAAGUGGUAAUUUUUUAAAGAUGUUGAUGUUUUGAAUAAGAUUUUUGCAAAUUCUACAUGGGUGUACCGUUAACUGCUGUUUGUAAAAUUGUUCGAUACCAUUUGACAGUUUAGUAGAUUAUAAAAGAGUUGAAUAUUGUUGUUUAUACAAACAUCUGUAAGUACAAGUAGCGUUAAAAUAUUUUGCAACAUUUUAUACGCGUUGCUACGAUACAAAACUCGUAUGAUUAAUUUGGAACGGAAUCGUGAUUUGUUUUCACUGUUAUUGAGUUGGAAUUUUGCUUGUGGACCACUAAGUCUAUGGUUUUUUUUAAAUUUGUGACUUAUUACUCAUUGACAUUUUCUAUACCGCACACGGUUAAGUAGCCUUAAGUGCAUAGUUUAAGAGUGAAAUUAAACAGAAAUGAAUAUAAAGGUUAUUCCUCUAA